GAGGGGAGAAAUCGAACGUCGCGGCCUCCCGGGAGCUGACUCCGAAGACCUGGCCUCAGACCGGGCCUUUCCGCGCAGAAGUGACGGCACCGAGAACCGCAUCUGUACACUUCGUUUUUCCCGCUUGAAGCUUCUCUCCGCCUCUUCUCCCGUGGGCUGUGGUCAUCUCAGUUCCUUGCAGCCACUGACUAACGCAGGGCGGAGUGCUCAUUCUCUGCAGCGCUGGCUUAGGGGAUACCCGAGCUGAGGAAUCCUGUCGUACCCCAGGACUGGUCAAAAGAAUGGAUUUUACAGAGGCUUACUCUGACACAUGCUCCACGGUUGGACUUGCUGCCAGGGAAGGCAAUGUUAAAGUCUUAAGAAAACUGCUCAAAAAGGGACGUAGCGUUGAUGUUGCUGAUAACAGGGGAUGGAUGCCAAUUCAUGAAGCAGCUUAUCACAACUCUGUAGAAUGUUUACGGAUGUUAAUUCAUGCAGAUUCAUCUGAAAACUACAUUAAGACAAAGACUUUUGAGGGCUUCUGUGCAUUACAUCUUGCUGCAAGUCAAGGACAUUGGAAGAUUGUACAGAUUCUUUUAGAAGCUGGGGCAGAUCCUAAUGCAACUACUUUAGAGGAAACCACGCCACUGUUUUUAGCUGUUGAAAAUGGACAGAUAGAUGUGUUAAGGCUGUUGCUUCGACAUGGAGCAAAUGUUAAUGGAUCCCAUUCUAUGUGUGGAUGGAACGCUUUGCACCAGGCUACUUUUCAGGAAAAUGCUGAGAUCAUAAAAUUGCUUCUUAAAAAAGGGGCAAACAAGGAAUGCCAGGAUGACUUUGGAAUCACACCUUUAUUUGUGGCUGCUCAGUAUGGCAAGCUAGAAAGCUUGAACAUACUUAUUUCAUCAGGUGCAAAUGUCAAUUGUCAAGCAUUGGACAAAGCUACUCCCUUGUUCAUUGCUGCUCAAGAGGGCCACACAGAAUGUGUGGAGCUUUUGUUAUCCAGUGGAGCAGAUCCUGAUCUUUACUGUAAUGAGGACACUUGGCAGUUACCUAUUCAUGCAGCUGCACAAAUGGGCCAUACAAAAAUCUUGGAUUUGUUAAUACCACUUACCAACCGGGUUUGUGACACUGGGCCAGACAAAGUGAGUCCCGUUUACUCAGCAGUGUUUGGAGGGCAUGAAGAGUGCCUAGAAAUGUUACUUCAGCAUGGCUACAGCCCAGAUGCCCAGAUGUGCCUUGUCUUUGGAUUCAGUUCUCCCAUGUGUAUGGCUUUCCAAAAGGACUGUGAAUUUUUUGGAAUUGUGAAUAUUCUUUUGAAAUAUGGAGCCCAACUAAAUGAACUUCAUUUGGCAUACUGUCUGAAGUAUGAGAAGUUUUCAGUAUUUCGCUACUUUUUGAAGAAAGGUUGUCCACUGGCACCGUGGAACCAUAUUUCUGAAUUUGUAAGUCAUGCGAUUAAAGCACAGACAAAAUAUAAGGAAUGGCUGCCAUCUCUCCUGCUCGCUGGAUUUGACCCACUGAAUCUACUAUGCAGCUCAUGGAUUGACUCAGUCAGUGAUGACAUCCUUAUCUUCACUUUGGAGUUUACCAAUUGGAGGAGGCUUCCUCCAACUGUUGAAAAGAUGCUCUCCACUCGUGCCUCAAACUCCUCUUGGGCUCUGCAGCAACAUAUUGCCUCUGUUCCGUCCCUCACCCACCUUUGUCGUUUGGAAAUUCGGUCCAGUGUAAAACCAGAACACCUACGGUCUGACAGUUUUAUCUGUCAGUUGCCACUUCCCAGAAGCCUACAUAAUUAUUUGCUCUAUGCAGAGGUUCUGAGGAUGAAUGAAGUUCCAGAACUGGCAGUUACUCAAGAUGGAGAAAUCAGCGAAGCUACUUAAUGCAGCUCAUAUCUUACUCUGAAAACCACCAAAACAAAGAGCCAUGCAGUACAAAUUCUUCAUGAUUUUAUAGUCAUAAAAGAUGAUUUUUGUUUGUGUGGUUAGUUAUGAUUGGGGGUGGCAGUAGUUUAAUGCAAAUGUUUACAAUUGAAUUCCUGGUAAAAAAAUACUGUAAACCUUACUUAUGUUACUUUAUUACAGAUUCAUCACCAGCACAUUUUUAUGUUAUAGAUUCAUUUACUGAACCAUUUUUUGCUUUAUUCUGUGAUGCUGCUUCUAGUGCUAACCGUGGCAUAUUUCCGCCUAUGAUUCUGUGUUUGCCUAGGGCUAGGAGCUUAGAAUGGAAUGCAUGAAACUUUCCUGGAAGUGCACACACAAUGGGGUUGAAUCUGCUAUUACUACUACUUUAUUUGAGGUUGACUAUCUUUUAUGUUUAUAAAAAACUAUUUUAUAUUCCAUUCUCAUCUCUUAAUUCAGUCAGUUUUAUGAAGAAUUUUUACUCAUUGGCUUUUUACAGAUAAACUCAGGGGAGAACUUUUUUUUUAAAAAAAGAAAAUAGAAAAUGAAUAAUUUUGCUGUUAUUGUUGGUUUUCCCCCCCAGUUCUUGAUACUCUCUUUGGCUGAAAGAAACUCCCAUUUCUGCAAAGGCAAGAACAGACUUAAACUCAAAAAUAGGCUCAGUUGAAAAAAAUUAGGUCAGUAUUGAAAUGAAGGAGGAUUUUACCAUAUUUAGAAUACAAAUCAGGAGACUGAGAGGGGCAUUUCUGUGGCACCAUCUUUAAAGAAAGAAAGCUAUGUAUUUCUGAGUCACUUAGUAUCAACUAAAACAUUCGAGCUCCAUUCAGCCUCCAAAUCUGAGGGCAGCUUUGAUCCUAUGAAGCAAUGAUUGCCAGUUAUAUUAAUAUUACAGUGUUCUUCCUUUUAUUGUCUAGAUAGGUUAUCACAUAGUCCUUGAUCCUGUGAAAUUUAGACCUCAGAAUUCUAGGUUAAUGAGACACCACCUUAUUGGUUUUCCAGAUGCUCAAUAUGAAAUCUAUGGUCAGAGAAGACUAAACACUGGAUCAGGUGAGCUGUGGUAAGAUGCUGUCGGGACCAACCUUAAAAGAAAGUUCAUGAAAGCAUUACUGUCAUGAUAGACAGCUAGAAAUUGGGUCCACAGGAGAGGCAAGUCUUCUGUCCUGAUGGGAUCCUGUGGCCUGAAAUAGAUGGCAGUGUGUCAGCCAAGUCCAUCCCUGAUAGACCUUUGCUGUUUGAUAAAAGCAGUGAUGAAGACAGACCAAAUGAUGGAGCCUUGUUAAGGUCCAGAGGGAUGACUGAACUCGGUGCAAAUUAGAGCUGUAGUUGCUGCCUGUGGGUGGAGAUAGAGUUUGAAUGUGGUAUAUAGCAGAAAUUAGUGUAGAUAUGGAAAACCAGGUGGAAAUUCUGAUACUUAAUAAAGAAAUUCCAAGAAUGUAUUUACUAUGUAGCAAUUUUUAAAUGUUGUUCUACUCUUUAUUUUUCCAAACCCUAGGUCUCCGAUUUUGAACAUAACUGGUUUAUUAUUAGGGGCAAAUGCACAUAGAAUGUUUACAUUUGAGGGUGAGUCUUCUCAUGUGUUUUUGUUCAUGUUCAAAUGUGUAAUAAAAAUUAAACUAUCCAUAA